GAUAAAAGCGCAAGAAUUAAACGUCUUCAAAGCAGUAAAAGUCGUCGUAACUCAUCACAAGACACCGUUGAAACGUAUUUCAAAUUCAAAACAAAUGUGAUCUACGCGAGAUUCCUGUUCAACUCAGCUCCGCAAAAUACCGAAGAGGGAAUAGAUGAAUUCGUGAAUCGACUGAGAAAGAUGGCUUCGCGGACGAGAUGAUUAAGUACAGGAUCGUAAUAGAAAUCCAAGACAAGGCUACAAAGCUACGACUACUCAUAGGAGAGAAUUUGGAUCAAGACUAGACACUCAGCAUUUGCAGAUCGAAGGAGGUGGCGACUAA